AUGGUUAUAGAGGCUGCUCAAAGGCACGCUGGUGCUCGCAAGCACCUGCACUCACGUCGAAUGACGUGCAUCAACCAGCGUGCCAAUGGCGCUUACGGUAGACAGACGCACUUUCGUGAGGUCAGCAAUUCCGCACUUCUCAAAAGACCCUUGCAGUUGACGGUUGACAAGGCUCUACCGGCAGACAUGGAAAUUCGACGUGUGACUUCAAGCUUUUUGGCCAUUGCCAUAAUUCUCCUCAUCAUCGGCGUCGCCACCAACAGCUGGGUGGGAACAGGUCUCUUCAACACAAACGACACAGUUGCUAUCCUCGCAGCCGUAUUCUCACGCUGCCGCACCUCAACGACCAUUCGCCGGGAACGCGUGAUUCGUACUCAGGCGUAG